AUGGUCCCAUCCCGUCCCCCCCUCCCCCCCGUGCGCCCCCCGGGGCAUGAGGACGACGAGGGAUGGGAACCGCGCGAGGUCGAGAGCUUUUUUCAGCCUUUCUCCUGGGGUGUCAAAGACUCCCCCCACCACACUAUCCUCCACGCUGCCGACCGCUAUGAUUACGAGUGUCUUCCCUGGUGGUGCUCCCUGCGCUUUAACAUCCCACUGUUUGGGAGUCUCGCACGGGAGAAGCACUGCCUCGACAUGAUCAACCCCCUGCGGCGGAACGGCUAUAGGACCUUUGCCAUUCCAUGGGGGGCUGCUCACAUGCCGAUAUUUCAUGAGAUGCUUCUGGAUAACGGCUUUGAGCCGAUUGGGAUGUGCUCAUUAAUUAUACUGAAUCGCUUGGACGGUGACAUCAGCGAGGGUGAGUUUCUCAAGUUAAAAAGCUGGCAAUGGCGACAAGACCAGAAAGUAUCAUGUCUGUACGGGUUAGCCGUGCUAUCCCUGUUCUACAUUAUGUUUUCGCUAAUUAAAAUCGAGUACACAUCCGGACCAGACAACAAAUAG